AUGCGCGCCGCCCUCCACGCCAAGCUCCUCGCCGUCUGCGCCUUCGGCGCCGUGGCCUCGAUGGCGAAACCCAUCGCCAGCCGGGCCGCCACCGACAUACCGACGUCAGUCCGCCUCUUCACCGUCCAGGCCUUCCAGUCCCCGUACCCGGCGGGCGAGGGACUGACAGGCUACGUCAUGAGCGUCCACGACGGGUCCUUCUGGCUCUCGGCACCGCCGCUGUCCGCCAACAACAGCAACACUCCCUGCCUCGUCGGUGGCUACGGCAGGUCGUCGACCCCCUGCGUCCCGCCGCCGCCGCCGCGGCCGACACAGCAGAAAUCCAACGCCACCGAGACGGUGCUCUGGGUCGACGGGGACGGCAAGGCAUUCCUGGCAAGUCGGAAACUAAAGAUCUCUUCCCUCCUUCCCCCCCUAUCAUCCAUCUGCCCAGAAUCCUUUUUUUCCACUAACAAGAAGACCCCCCCGCAGGGCCACCUCCGCUACGACCGCCCGCCGCCGGCCCGCGCCGCCACGGCCCCGACCCCGGGCGGCGCCAUGUUCGCCCUCUUCGUGCACCGCGGCCACGGCACGGCCGCCUACACCACCACCACCACCACCACCAUCUCUUCGUCAUCGUCGUCAACGCAGCAGAACUACACGGCCGCCGCCGCCGCCGAGGCGCCGCCGGGCACGUUCGCCUGGGUCGGCAGCGAGCACGGCCUGUGGUUCGCGUGCCCCAAGGGCAGCACUGCUGCUGCUGCUGCUGCUGCUGCUGCUGCGGUGGCCGAGUACCGCUUGCAGAAGAUGGUGAUGGGGUAUGGGGACCGGAGCCUGGACGGCUGCGCCGCGGUCAGCCUGGCGGCGAUCGAUUGGAACGGGGCGACGCCCGUUGUGGAUGCGUAUGCUUGA